AUAGCAUGUAAACACGGCGCGUGCCUGCCAUAUUUAAUUCCCGGUGGGGGGGGGGAGGGGGAGGGGGGGUGACGUUUGGCCAACACCCUCUAGAAAAAUAUGAAGGCCUUAGUUCUUUUCCCUUUCCACUCGCGCUACGUCAGCAGAUGGGGCGGACGCAUGAGGCGGCGAGCGCGUUUUGCGGUUUUGCCCAUCGCCGCGACAAGACGCAUCCGCGCGUCCGGAUCGCGCUGGUGCGCGUUGAUCGCGUGUCUCCAGAAACUCAUUCCCCGGCGCGUAUGUACAGUCGUACAUCUCUUCGCUGUUCAGUCGGACGUGUUUUCCUCGCUGUGAAAAGAAUCCCGCCGCGAUGCCGUGCAAAUGCUGUGUACCUCGAUGCCGCGGAAACUACACGGGGGACACGAAGGUGCACGUCUUCAAGUUCCUGAGAGAUCAAGCUCUAAGGGACGCUUGGAUUCGCGCUGUGCCACGGGAAAACCUCACGGUCACCGAACAUUCCAGGGUAUGUGAACUUCAUUUCGUGGACGAGGACAUUAUUCGAGACGCGACGCAUACAGAUCAAGCAACUGGCCGCGUAAUGACAGUGCCGCUAUCUCAUGUGCGCCUUCGCCCAGACGCUGUACCGUCGGAGUUCCCGAAUCAUUCGAGCUACUUGUCCAGAAAGGCCGCGAGGAGGGAAGAUCCUGACUCCAAGCGCGCGCGAAUAGAGAAUGCAGCCCUUCAGAAAGCCAUCUCUGAAUCCAACGAGGCAUUUAUCAGAGCACGCGAGGAGGAUAAAGUCAACAGUGUGAGCGAACUUGCCAACCACUUAAGGAGCCAAGGGAUGAAGUUCUGGGAUGUUAUCGAAAGAAAUGAAAGGCUUCUUCUCAUUCACAUUGUCGACGAUGAAGCACCGUGGUUGAAAUACUCUGUUUGUGUGAAAGGAGAUUUGAGCGUGACACUACACGUUAUGAAACGGCUCGGUGCAAAUCUCUGCGUUCCCGAAAUCGCUAACAGUAAAAGGGGUAUGGUGGAACUCCUGGAAGGCACCGAGAAGUGGGACUGUGACCUGAUGUCCAACUCAGUCGCCGAAAUUUGCGAGGCUGUUUGUUUACUGCUUGAUCAGCUUUGCACGUCCCAAGCAGAAGAUGACGCCAACUGUAUUCAAUUUCUGAAAGAGCAAGUCACCUUGCACCUAUCGAAAAAACAGCGCAGGCGCUACUCUGCUGAUGUCAUGAUGUUUUGCUGUAUUGUUUUCACUAUAUCGCCCCAUGCAUACGCGUUCAUACGUAGCCAUGGAAGCAUCACCUUGCCGCAUCCUAUGACGAUAAGAUCAGUGUGCUGCUCGUCUUAUGGUAUGAGUCCUCAACAAGAGCAUCAGAGUGAAACAUUCCUCAGCUACAUGACAACAAGAAUUUCUGACCUGAAAGAUGACCAGCGCUUUGUCACAGUUAUGGUUGAUGAAAUACAUAUAAAACCUUACUUUGACUACAAAGGAGGCAAUAUUACCGGCGCUGCAAUUAAUAGAAAUGAAGCUGCUAACUGUGCGCUCGUUUUCAUGGUGCGCAGCGUGACGUGUAAAUUCAAAGAAGUUGCGCACAUCGUGCCGGUGCACCGAGUAGAGGCGGAGUUCCUGCAAAAGACGCUUAAAGACGUGAUUUGUGGGCUGGAAAAGAUUGGGUACCGGGUUAUGUGCAUCGUCAGCAACAACAACUCUGUGAACAGAAAAGCGAUGUCACUUUUCGAAUCACCUCCGUGUAACAGAAUUGUGUACCAACAUCCAUCAGACCCUUCAAGGCCGCUGUUCUUCGUUAUAGACCCAGUGCACAUUCUAAAAUGCAUACGAAAUAACUGGAUCAAUCAGAAGAAUGACCAAAUUUGUUUCUACUUCCCGGAUAUCCAAGGAGACGCACCAGAAUCAGAGCGAAUGCAAACAGCGUCAUUUGCAGCAAUCAGGGACCUUCACAGCAAAGAGUGUGACCAGCUGUUGAAAUAUGGCUAUGGGCUGUCAAGAAAAGCCCUCUACCCUUCGAGUCUUGAAAGGCAGGACGUAAAGCUUGCUUUACAAAUCUUCAAUGACUAUUUACCAGAGGCGUUACGUGCUCUUGGAGCAAAGCACAACCUAUUCUCUUUCGAGGCCACGGCUACAUUCGUCGAGAUCAUACUCAAGUGGUGGAAAAUUGUAAACGUCAAAACUCCAUGGAAGGGAGAAAGGCUUAGAGAUCACUUCCAACAACCAGUGCUUUCCAUUGAUAACGAUCCAAAAAUUGACUUCUUGCACAUGUUUCUGAAGUGGCUGGAUGAGUGGAAGAACAAAGGUUUUGACAACGGUACUCUGACAAAGGAGACUCACGCUGCUCUCGAACACACCACCUAUGCGCUUGUUGAGCUCGCUAGGUACAGCUUCGAAGAGCUUGGAAUGUCAUGCCUUUUUGGGAAGAUUCGGACAGACUGCCUUGAAGAUCGGUUUGGAAAGUAUAGGCAGCUGGCAGGUGCGCAAUAUCACAUUUCCAUCAGGCAGAUAUAUGAAGUCGAAAACAAGCUGCGCCUGCAGAGCACCUUGCCUACAGUUUCCCCUGACCAGCACUGGGAAUGUGUCCGAAAGCAAGUCGAGGCAUUGCUUCCCAGCAGCAACGUUGUUGUUACCAGCCAGGCUCUUACGAAGAUGCAGGACGUCGUCCCAGUCCUCGUCUACGUUGCAGGUUAUGCAGUAUACGGGACCCUUAAAAAGUUGAAGUGCGAGCAAUGCAGGGACUCGUUGACCGUGGACAAGAAGAUCACAGUCUCUGCCACAAACGAACAUUAUGGUCUUGUGAAGCAGCUGGACCGAGCAGGUUUAGUUUAUCCAUCAAUGUUUGCACUUAACGCAGUUGCUCAUAGCUACGUUGUAGUAGAGCAGCUCGCUACAGAGCCAGCACUGCUUAUGAUGCCUGAACAACGCCAGGUGGUAACGAAAAUGACGCUACAAUUGCUGGCUAGUGAAGAGCAGUCCGACUUCGAUACGUGUGAGAAUGGCCACACAGUUGAAUUAGUGCUUAAACACAUCCUGCGGUGCAGCACCAACAUUCUGCUAAAGAACUUUUGUAGGAAGCUGAACGACAAACUUCUCGACGCUGCCGAUAAAUCAAAAAAAAGGAAAGCCACAACUCUCGAGGCCAAAUAACUGCAUGCAUUGCUUCUAAUAUAAAGCCAGCACAAAAAGAAACUGGGCUUCGUAAAUAAAUGUUUUGCUGCUACAGUUUUCUGGCGUUCUAUUGUUUUUUAAAUACAUGCAUGCUUGUUCUUGCAGAAAAAAAAUGUUUCCGCGCAAUGCACCUGCGAGACAACCUCUCUUGAACAGCGUUCCAUAUCUUUUUUUUUCAAUCCGCCCCAUCGUGUGACGUCACGCGAAGAGAGCUAAGGCCUUCAUAUUUUUCUAGAGGGUGUUGGUUU